UUGACUUUGAAGUAACUAUUGAAAAAAAAAAACAGUUUUUGGUCCAUAUACGUCCUAAUAAAUAAAGAGAAUGAGAAGGCAAGUUGCUCCCGACGCAUCUGGUAAUUCUAUGGCCUCAUAUUCAAGUACAGUUGGCUUUAUUUUUAUUUUUAAUCUAAUUGUUGGAACUGGAGCUCUAACUCUACCUGCAGUGUUUGUUAAAGCAGGAUGGUGCCUAAGCCUUAUUGUAAUUUCGAUAUUGGCGCUUGUAAGUUAUAUGACAGUAACAUUUGUUAUUGAAUCUAUGGCUUGUUCGAAUGCCAUCCAGAUCUGGCAGAAUCUGCAAUUAUUGAGACGCCACAGAAAUUCAGUAGAUCUUGAUACUCAACAUUACAAUCAGCAUACUGAUGAUAGUCAUAAUGAUGUGCACAGCGAAGAACUUGAAACAAUGCCAUUAAACAUUGAAAAUGAAGAAUUUCAAUAUUAUCAACUGACUUACAAAUUUGAAUUGGCGGAAAUGGCCGCAUUAUUCUUCAGUGAAAUUGGCCGAACAUUAUUCUACCUGUGUUUCAUUAUUUAUCUCUAUGGUGAUUUAAGUAUUUAUUCAGCAGCAAUUGCGCGCACCUUACGCGACGUAAUUUGUGAUCACGGUGAUAAUACGAUUUCGAAUAAUCGCUCUGAUGUUAUGAUUUUCGGAUCUGAGGAUUUCAAACUUAGCGCAAACCGUACAUGCUGGGAAGAACACGUCAUAUCUCGACUGAGCAUGUACAGAAUAAUUCUAGUGUUUUUCACUUUAAUUGUUGGUCCUAUAGUGUCAUUAAGUAUUCAAAAAACUAAAUAUUUGCAAAUAUUUACCGCUGUCUUACGUUGGCUAGCAUUUACUUUUAUGAUAUGCAUUACAACAAAGAUGUUGAUUACAAGUGGACCUAAAGGACAUCCAGUGGCUGUGAACGUUUAUGGAAGUCCAUCAUUAUUUGGCGCUUGUGUCUACUCAUUUAUGUGCCAUCAUUCGUUGCCUAGUCUUUUAGCACCGCUUAGGAAUAAAGAAAAGGUUAUACAAAUUCUAUCGUUCGAUUAUAUAUUAAUAUGUGCAUUUUAUAUUGUUCUGGCAAUGACAGGAAUUUUUGCUUUUGAGCAUGUCGAUGAGCUUUAUACGCUUAAUUUUCUACCUUAUAAUGUGAAAUAUGAAGAUUUCCUAACGGGUUUACUUAUUGUAAUUAAUUAUUUCUUAUCGUUAUUUCCUGUGUUUGCUCUGUCAACCAGCUAUCCGGUCAUCGCAAUAACGCUUAAAAACAAUCUUAAGAUAUUGUUUCUAGACAUGACCCAAUACGAUUCAUAUCACAUUAUUACACGCUCAAUAUUCCCUCUACUAGCCAUUAUCCCGCCAUUUUGUGUGACGUAUUUUACGGAAAGUCUUUCAACUCUUGUGGCAUUUACAGGUACGUAUGCUGGCGCUGGAAUACAGUACAUAAUACCCGUUUGUCUAGUAUAUUUCUCCAGAUCCACUUGCUCUGAACUAUUGGGCUGUGGAAUAGUUAAUCAAUACCAAAGCCCAUUUAAAUCUAAGAUAUGGCUCGGGUUAGUUAUUCUUUGGUCAAUAAUAUGCGUGUCUCUAGUAACUAUAAAUUUACUGGGUUAAACAAAUCAACUCAUAUACCAUUUUUUUUAAAUGCACAUAUGUAUACACGCAUAUCAAUUUAUGUUUUAAUUCGGCUGUGUGAUUAAGAAAAUAUAUUUACAUAUAUAUACAUACAUACGUAAUUUAAGUUUUCGAAAGACAAUUUGUUAAGGACAGAUAUACAUACAUACAUACGAUAUACAUAUGUAAAACUUACAUU